AUGACCUCCUCAUAUCCAAAAAGUUUACCUUCCGCUGACGAUGCGAUAUUUACCUUGCUGACCAACUUCUCGUCGAACUCAUCCAAAAAGCUGAGUCAGAAGUCGUGCCAAAAACCCAGGGCGACGGCCGGACAAACAAUUUGUUUGACCGGAAUUGACCCGCGUCGGUUCUCCUCCGUGUUACAUGCAAAUCAGUCCAACCAUCCGUGGGCACAUCAAACAAAACAAAUACACAGACAGGAGAGAAUUGAAGGGGGGCCGGCGGAAAACGUCUCCGCUCAGAUUGCACGGCGGCAUCCGGCCAAUCCUUUCCUUUUUCGUCGGACCCGGCAGAUGUUGGCGGGUCCAGUCGUGUUUGCCAACUGUUGAUUGGGAUUCAAUUGGAGAGUGGGACCGUGUCUGUUAAUGGCCAAUUACAAGCGGAUCCACACCUCAGCGGGUGGCUUUUUCUCACAAAAGUGUGGAAAACUGGCAAAAGGAGGAUUCAAAACGACCCCUUUGAAGUUUCUCCUCUCAAAGCUAUAUAAAUUCCUUAAAAAAGGCUUUCCCCACUUAUUUUCAGCUGUUUUUCAAGUUGGAAAGCCGAAAAAUUGAAAGAAAUACCUUCAAAAAAAGGACUCCGAGAGUACAGAUUUUGCUUAGAAAUUCCUAAAAACUCCAGAUAUGUCACGAAUCUCUAAAAUAAAAAAUUAAUAAUCACUGGGCAACAGUUUUAUAUAGUUUUAUACCAUUCGAUAGCUGUGAAAUAUUUUUUUACAAGGUAACGCUAGCGUUUGUCGAAUUGAGUCCAAAAUAACUUUAUUCUGCAUUUUGAAGCCACGAAAAAGUGAAAGAAACAAAAUUCAUAACUGAAUAUGCUUUCUAACUAACGGUGCAAUUCAAUUUUUUCUUGCAAAAAAAUGGCAAAAGGAAUUCGAUCAGGAUGAGAUUCGAACUCACGCGGGGAAACCCCAAUGGAUUAGCAGUCCAUCGCCUUAACCACUCGGCCACCUGAUCACUGGCUGCCAAGCCAUGACUUUUGCGUUAACAUGCGCCCGUAAAAUGGUUAUAGUGGACAAACUUGCGUGUUGAAGAUUGAAAUGUAUACUUUUAUGACUAUACAUUGUUCUGGCAAGCCCAUGAAAUGGAGUUGUAGCCGUGGUGGAUUGAAUUUCCGAAUGUUUGUGCCCAUCCUGAGGACGUGACAACAUUCCGCAGAUCGCGAGACGUUUCUUCUCACAGAUUGGGCUCUAAAAAGUGUAGUCGAUUGAAGGUUUUCUCGGGAAGUGGGAAAUUAGGCGAAAAUUGCCGUUGGCUCUUGCUGCCGUAUCAUAAAUUAUGUAGUUUUGCAUAAUUACACUGGCUAGGCCGGCCACAAAACAGAGCCGAGGUUUUUUUUAGUUCCAGGGAAUAUUAGUGACGAAUUGAAUUAGAAACACGUGUUAGCACGACAUUUGGAGACUUUUAGAGAUGGAUUGAGUCAAAUUUAGCAGAUGAGAGCAAAAAUGAGGGCGUGGAAUCAAAAACGUCUUUUGCUUUUUUUUUUUUGGUUUUUUUCGACAUUUUUUUUUAUAUUUAUUUAUUAUCGUGUUGGAAAUAUAUGGAAAUAUCAAAUAAUCAAUAGAAGUGAAAAAAAAAAUUAUAUUUUUUUGUCGAGAACAGUAGGGCGCACUUGAGCCUUUCGGGACGAAAACUUCUUUUUCGGAUCACAAAUUUUUUUUUUGGCUUUUCCGAUUUUAAAAAGAUUUCAUGUUUUAUCCCAUUCUGCAAAUAUCUAUUUUCUCAUUGAUCAAGUCAAUCUUCUACCUUUUCAUUGAACCUUUUCAUUGCUCAUUAAAAAUAAAUUAAAUGCUGCAAUAGUCCAAUUUCCAUUCACUUUUUCAUCAGUUCCAUUUCAGGACGCUUUGGGAGACUCUUCACGACAAUGGUGGGUAUCCGACGCCCGGUACGAACUCAUAAGGCCCUUCUACGGCCUUCGCGUGUCCCCCGUCCUUCCUGAAGAUUCUGGAACCUACCGUUGUCGCCUGGAAACCGAUCCGUUGUUUGCCGUCACCCUUUCAACGGCUCAACAAGAAUUGGCUGUUAUGGGUUAGUCGCCAAUUAUCCGUUUGUUAAGUCACGCGUUAUGCUAAUUUGCUUUCUUUUUUCUCCUGAUAGUUGCAAAUUGGCGUGAUUUUUGCGUCGCUUACUCAACGGUUAAUUGCCCCGCGGGAGAUUGAAAUCUCUGAGAAACAUGCGUCAAAUGCAAUUUGUCCGAAACUGGGGGAUUAAAACUCAAAACCGCUGCCGAUUUUUCUUCGGUCCAUCUGCCCGCAUCUGCGAAUUUCAUCUUUGUAUGACCUUUAUUUUGAGUUUUAUGGAGCAGAAUGGAUAUUUUGAGGGAGAUGCGGCAGAUUAGAAAUGAAAUGGUUUUUGAGAUUUCAUAACUAGGAAAAAGGAAAAAAUUUUUUUUCUUAGUUAUGUAUGUAGUUAAAUAUUUGCUUGAGAAAUUGACAAGAUAAUCGAAAAAUGUACAAAUUUGUCCAUUUUUCCUAAAAAAAAAUUUUCGCAUCUAAAAAAACUGAAAACAGCAAGUCUUUACAUAAUUUUUUCCAAAAAAACUUUCCAAAGUCUCUAAAUUUCACUAUUUUUUUAGCCCAUGAUUAGUUAUAACCAAUGAUAAGGAGUACGAAAUCGAUAAAAUAUUUUCAAAAAAAAAAAACUCUCCAAAAGCUUCAAGAAGCAGGGUUUUCAGUUUUCGAAACUUUUUAGAUCAAAAACAGAAGGAAUUCUAAAUUUUCUCAACGAAAAUAGGAAUUGAAACCUCCUUGAAUAAUCGCCGAGCUCUUUUAUGCAUGUGACACCCGGUUCGAUUUGGCUUCUCAAGUGUUUUGCACCAUUUGCGGUCACCUUUCCUGUUGGGUUCUCUCUAAGUGCCUAAAUUUUUCAAUUCGAAGCUACUAAACGGGGAAUUUCUUGUCUUUUGACGAAAUCGUGCACAAGUCUCAAAAGGACAUGAGCUCCCGAGGAAUCUGACGGAAAAAGAUAAGAAUCUUGACGUGGACGCGACGAAUUCGAGCAUACAUGACGGAACAUUUGAUGAAAUCGAGCAGGAAGUCGAGAUAAUUUCAAGGGGAAUUUUCGGUUUUUGACAAGUUGAGGAUGACGAAAAUCCAUGAAAGAUGACUAGUCGUCCGCAUUUUCGAAGAAAAAGCCAAUUAAAAAAAUUGUAAAAAAAUCCGACUAGAAAAAUCGCUUUUUUUCUGGAAUUCCAAUAUUUUUCUUUGUUUUCUCGGAUUAAACAUUUAUUCGAAAAAUUUUAACCUAGGCGAUAUUUUUAAGGUGUUAUUUUAGGCACUGAGGGCUUGCAUAACCUGGAAAAAACAGAAAAAAAAAUGCUUCGAGACUUUUUUAAACCUCCUUUUUGAGGCCCAAGUAAAGUUUUUUUGAACUACAUAGGUUUAGACAAAGACUUUGAAUUUUUGAGAUACUAUUUAACGUUUAAAAAAAUAAUUUCAAUAUUAUUUUAAUACAUAAUUUUGUGACGCCACAGUGGAUCUUAUUAUCUUGCGAAAGAAGUUUCAAGAAAUCAAAUAAUAUUUUUUAAAAGUUCUAAAAGUUCAGUGCUUUUCUAUUUUUGUAUCAUUUCUUCUUUUUAAUUCGCUAGAUCUGCUAAAAAAAUCUCCAAUUUUUUUGACCCGUUCAUAGCAUCCGUACAAUCCUCCAAACCGUUGCCCAGUUUUUUGCUUCAACAAGAUUAAAAAAUAAUAAUAAAUGUGCAAUUUUUCAAACACCUUCCGUGCACGGAAGCGUUCUCCGCCAAAAUAACAAAUCAUUAACGAGCUCGGGACAAUUGGCCGAAAACAUGCUCCGAAAGUGUCGCGGACGAUAUAAACGGCCCCGGUUGACGAAUGAGCUCCGUGCUCCGUGAGCCGUGAAAAUGAGCAGCGGCUCUCGCAUUUAUGAAGUGAGGUGGCGAGGCUUUUCGACCGGCUGGACAAAGGCCUCGCCACUCAAGUGUUCUUGGCGCGUCGGAACGGCCGUCCGAAGCGCGCUUGUAACCUUUUCGGGGGGAUCUUUCCGGUGAGCUUAGGCAAAACAUAGGGGGACAUGAAUGACCUUACUGAAAUCGCUCAGGAAAAGGGGUUUAGAGAUGGAAUAAGGAAUAGGUGAAUAAUAUUCACAUAAUAUUUUCAGUUAUAUCCUAACUUCUUGAAGAGUCAGAAGAAAAUCCUGAAAGUAUUAAUUUUCUAGCUUUUGAGAAAGGAUAUCUAGAAGUUGAAGAACUUUAUCGAAAUCCGUAAAAAGAGAUUAUUUUGAAACUGAACCUUUUUUAAUAAAAAGACGGGCAAGUUGAAAAAUUCAGGAUCUUCAUUUGAUACAUCAACGAGAGUUUUGGUGAAUUUCUCGAAAACUCCCGACCGAAAAGUAAAAAAAAACUUCCUUGUGAGAGAAAAUAGCCGCUAUAAAACUUCCUGUAAGAAAAUGCCGGCAAAAAGGCAGAAUGGACUCUAUAACAGCAGCUAUUUUCUUCCCUUUCCUCAUAACAAACGAGAAUUAACAGAAAUUCUGGAUCCAAUUGAAGAUUACACCACACGCGCAGGUGGAAUCACACGCAGGUGUCAAUUUUGAUAGCCGCGCAGCUUAUAAUUAAAAGAUUAGCGCGUUCCCGACGUUUUGACUUGACUGCGCGUAAAUCGCGGCUGUACUGAUUAGGGUGAAUACAUUAUGGAGGUAGGACAAGCAAAAACAUAAUGAAGGGUUUAUGGAUUUCGAGAAGUUCAAUAUAUUCGAAAUAUUUUAUUUCGAAUCACAAAAAAAGCAUUUAAAUUUUUGCUUUACAUUAAUAAAAAAAGAUAAAAAUUUUUUGAAUCGUAAAUUUGCAAAAUGUGGGUUUUUAGCUCAACUUCCCGAUUUUUUUCAAAAAUAAUAACUCAAAAAAAUGGAAAAUGAAGUAGAUAAUGAGGGAUCUAGAAAUUUGAAGCGUGUUUGAGCAAUUUUGUAGAAAAAAUGACCUCCCGUGUUAGUUGAUUUUCAGUUUCCAAAAUAGAAAUCAUUGGAAAGAAUAUUAUUCCAGAUUUUACUUGGCGACAAAAACUUCGAUAUUGCAGUCCGACCAGUACCUCCAUCUUCCCCCGAAGUGAAAGCCUUCUCGAACCGGUCGGUGACCCUGGUCUGGACGCACAACGCGGCUCGAGCCCACCGUCCUGUCCUCCGCUUUUCCGUGGCCGUCCGCACCGUCGCCGACAGCACCAGAUUCGUCAUGGCGGCUCCUUCCAACGCCUCGACGGUCAUCGUCGACAACCUCGCCCCCUUCACCCUCUACGCCUUCGCCGUCCGUGCCGAGAAUGCCGCCGGAGAAAGCGAUUUCGGCCCUGAAACGACCUUCAGAACACUCGGAGAGGCUCCCGUCAGACCUCCUGACAUCACCGGAGUGAGGAAUGCAACGAAGAACUGCGUCGAGGUCUCCGUCGAGCCUCCAGAUGAGAUGCACGGCGACCUCGUCGCUUACGUCGUCGUCCUGCAGAUGAUCAACAAGACGGAACCUGUCAGAAAAGUGUGGGUUUUGAGGAAAUUUCACAAAAAGGAAAAGCCUCCACAUUUGACAGAAAAGUAUAUAUGAACAUCACCAGUUCUUUUUUUCAAUAUUUUCAAUCUCUCAUUGGAUAAAUUUUGAUAUUCUCGAUUUACUAUCACUUAUAAAAAAAAUAUGUCAUAACUCAAAAAUUGUGACAAGCUGGUGCGGAACGGGCUAAAAAAUUCGUCUUCAGAAAAAAUUCCAAGGUUAUUUCCGGUUCAGAUUCAAGUCACCGACUCCCGAAUCGCUGAAGAUCUGCGACCUGACGUCGUCGGCCGAAUACGCGAUGACGAUCGAGGCGGACAACGGCUUCGGGACGAGUCCGCCGGCGCGCGCCGUCUUCCGAACCGAGCCCGAUCUUCUCGACCUGGCGCCGUCGAACUUCUCGGCCAGUGCCGUCGUCGGGAAACCUGAAGUGACGGUCACUUGGCCCGCCCCUUCUGCCGACGGAAAAGCCCUCGAUAUUGUCAAAUAUCACUUGUACUAUCGGGUUGGAGAGGUGCCAAUAAAGUUUAUUAGGAUCAAAUUUCAGGAAGAAUCGGCGACAGAAUGGCAGGUCGAGCAUCUCAGUGUCGGCAAAAUUCGACCCAAGAUUUAUAAGUACCGACUGAGUGCUCUAGGUAAUAAAAAUUGUACAUCUAUAUUUGUAUAUUCAACAUUUCAAGAAAAAAAGGCCUUUUUGGUUGUUUUAAAAGAGUCUUUAAUUAGGUUCGCCACUCUAGUUACCACUCUGACAUGCUUAAGUUCUCUUAUGACAUUCAAUUGGACUGAAAACGGGCUUUCGCCCCGGGAUCUUUUGAUUAAAUCAGUCUAUGCUCCUUUAAUAACUUCAGCACGGACUUUCGAUAAAUCUUUGCCUUAUUUUAUUUUUUUCUGAAACGAGAUGAACAGAAUAAAAUUUAACUUAUCCUUUUUUUAAUCAAAAAUAAUUAAAUUUUCCUUUUUUUUAAUCUUGUUCUGGAUAUUUUUCAAGUAGUUUCCUUUAUUCUGUCUCUUUCGCGGGAUAAAUUAAAUGAAUCCAUAAUUAUCGUGGGUCCAAAAUUUGAACUUUUCCAGCUCCCGCCACGAAAUAUCUGAUACGGUUGUCGGCGUCUUCAAGCACCGGGGAAGGACGGAAAAGUGACGAAGUUAAGAUUUCUACUGACGUUGAAGGUAACGAUAACUUUACCUGAAAAAACUCAAAAAAAUCGAUUUUUCAGUUCCUGGAACAGCUACCUUGAAAACCAUCGCAUUUGACUGCAAGAAUGGCGUCAAACUUUCCUGGGAGUAUCCUCAGAAGUACGUUUGAUGAAAAAUAGACUUGAUAUUCUGAUUAUUUCUAGAAAAUCACCUCUCUACACGGUUCAAGUGGCCAACAGGACCUCCUCGAUGACUUUCAACACUUCCUUGGAAAAAGUUCGUGUUUUUCAGGACUAUUAAGACGUUUUAAGUGAAGCCUUAUUUGGCAAAAAUAACCUUGAAAAUUAACUGCUUCAAAAAAAUUUUUUUUCUGCAUUUUUUCGAAUAACUGCUGUGAAAAGUUGAAAGUUAUCAAAUUUAUGAAUGUUCCAGUAUUGAACAGAAAAAAUAUUUUCUCACUGAAUAUCAAUUUUCCAGCUGGACGUCAUCGACCUGAAGCUCAACGACGAGUACGCCGUCCAGAUUUUGGUCUCCGAGAAAAGUGUCGCCGACAAUUUCACCCUUCUACAAGGACCCUGGAGCCCAGAAAAUCGCUUCUUGCUCAGUGGUACUCCCGAAAUCUCACUCAAAAUCAACUAUGUCUUAUUUUUUCCAAGAAAACUGCAAUUAUCAGUCGUCUCUGUGCUCUGGAUCGACCGGAAAUUGCCUGAAACUCGCAAUGCAGGUAAUUUUUAGUUUUUAGAAUUUUCACAGUCAAAAAAACCUUAGAAAAUUGAUUAGUUUCAAAAAUUUUGAUUUUUUGAUAUGCUUUUAUCUCAAAUUUUCCAAAUUUUUUUAUCGUCUUUUAACUCUAAAAACUUGUGCGUGAAGUAAUAAAUCAAAAAAAGCUUAUUUAUUCUUGAUUAAUAAAAAGUUGAACAGGAAUCAGUAUUAGACGUGAAAAAAAUAGCCUCGAAGCAAUUUAAUAAAUUUUUCUUUUUCUUUGAGGUACUUUUUUUAUUUUUUUCUGAUACGUUAAUGAUGUCGAAAAAAAGUUUUUUUUUAAAUUUUUUUCCAUAGCGGUUUUCCGAUAAAAUAAUGGAACAGGCAGUAAAAAAGGAACAUAAUUAAUUGAUUUUUUUAAUUCAUCAAAAGAUAUAGUCUGUGUGCCACGACUUGAAAUUUAAAGGAACGACAUUCCGCUGUUCCGCUGCGUGCGUUCGCGAAGCGUCUUUCGAAUCUAGGUCACGUUUUCAAUUGAUUUUUAUUGCUGUGGGAGCACAUGAAAGAAAGUACCUUAAAAAAGGAAAAAAAUUUUAAAAGCGCGACCAAGGUUCGCAAAAGCGAGCAGCGGUACAGCGGAAUGUCGUUCGGGGACAUUCCAAGUCGUGGUACUCAGGCUAUAGUAACGCUUAAAAAAUUUAAAAAUGAAAAAGAAACUGUUGGAAAAAAUUUUCUAGUUGACUUUUCGUUUUCAGCUCGAUUCUUCUCGGCCCAUUUCGAUUCUGAUCGGCGUCAUCGCCAUAAUUCUUUUCGCCAUGAUCUGCUUCUUAAUCGCUCACUUAGCUCGAGGGUAAGGUUAUCCCAUUUCCAAAAUCUAAUCGAUUUCCAAUCUCAGAUCCAUCAACUUCAAACAGAUCCUGAAGAAAAAAGAGAAAUGCGUCUAUUUGGAGGAAGUCAGUCCGUUAGUUUAUGGUAGGGCCUGGAGAAUGAAAAAAAUUAAAGAAAUUCUGAAAUUUUCCAGAUUCCGUGGGCCACGAAGAUAUUCCCGUUGAGUUGUUCUACGGAUACGUCGAAGACCUGAAAAGGAACGAUAAUGCCAAGUUCAAAGCACAGUUUCAGGUUUGUUAUCUAGUAUUGAAUUGUCUUCAUCAAUUUUACUAUUUUCAGCAAGUUGAGCAGGCGACUUACAGCGGAAAGCACGACACGACGGACGCUUUCAGUGAAAAUGUCGAGAAAAAUCGGUUCGUUUGAUUUUUUCAUUCACUGGUGAAUCGAGAGGUAGAUACAAGUAGGUACCGGGUAGCAACUCAAGUGAAUCGGCGAAUCGUAAUCGGUGGUCAUUUGUAUGCGACCGGGUACUAUCUCUAUGGUACCUGGAUAGUACCUGAUCGGUAUCUGGUUGCUACCGGGUAUGUACCUGAAAUUCGCGAUUGCCACUGGUUGGCACAUCGGUCGUUUAUAUACCAUCCGUGUUUUUUACACGUUCCCAAGCCUUCCAGGGUCUUAUUGGAUAAAGCUGACACAAAAAAUAACGACCCGGGUGCUUAGGGGUUAGACACUCGAUUUCUAUACGGGGCACCUAGCCCUCUGGCGAGCACCAUUUUUUUCCCCUAUAAAGGCUUUCUUUUUUCCUUAACCCCUCUAGGGACCGCUCUGAGGUUCCUCAGAACGUCGCUUCUAAAAAUUGCAGCGAAGUUUUAUAAUUUUAUGAGUUUAUGGGCUUGAAUUUUUAACCGAUAUAUUUUUCUUUGCUUGGCUUUGAUUUAUGCUAUGAUUAUUAAAGAUAUAUGAACAUUGGAGCGAUUGAAGAGACACGGAUUCGCUUGAACUCGCCUCACAACGGUGGAAAUGACUACAUCAACGCCAAUUACAUCGACGUAAUAAUGAAUUUUCGAGAAAAAAAAAUUAUAAUUCAUCAAUUUUUAGUCGUGCGAGAAACGACACGCCUACAUUGCGACGCAGGCCCCGUUGCCGUCGACUUUCGAGGAUUUCUGGGGGAUGGUCUGGCAGGAGAGAUGCAGCAUCGUCGUCAUGAUCACCAACAUGGUCGAGGACGGCAGGGUCCGUUUUGAGAACUCUUAGAACUUAUAUUCCUUAGGAAGUCUUUUUUAAAAGCGUUGGGUUUGGUAAAAGGAAGAAAAAUGCUUCUGAAGAAUUUUUGUCAAAAUUCAGCUCUAAAAUGCCUGAAUAGUCGGGUUUUCAUACAAGGAUGAAGCUCAGUGAGAAAAUAAUAAUUAGCAACUCUGAUAAUUCCCUAACAAGCUUCAUUCACAUGAAAAAUAAUUUCCGAAUUUUUCUGAUGGUCAUCUCCCUGAUAAACAAAUGAAGAGUUAGAUUGAAGGACUUUCUCAUUGUUAUUUUCUCUUUUCUCGUCCGAAAUUUCAUAUUUUUCAGAGGAAAUGCGAUCAGUACUGGCCCUCAAAUGUGAAUGCCCACCAGACCUAUGGGAACUAUGAGGUUUAUCGAUUAAAAAAUGGAACUUUUCCGAUAAAAAAUCGCUUCAGAUUAGCCUCGUCUCUGAAACCUCCAACGCUCACUUUGUACAUCGAACCCUUUGUCUUCGAAUAGCGAAAAGCGUUCCGCAGGUGAAAUUCGAAUAGAAUAGUAGAAUGAAUUACGAUUGUUAGAUAUUUUUAUGUUUAGCUUUGCAGAAAAAAAGCGGAAGUCUCAUGUUCAGCUUCGCAGAAAACCAUUAGAAGAAUGCAAAAAUGACGGUCUUACUGUUUUCUCAAAGUUCAAAAUCUGAGAACGUUUCGAGCGCUCUGUUCCCUUAAACUAUCCCAGUAUUUCAGCGAAAAAUCAUUAUUUAGUCAUGAUUUUUAAGAUUAAAAAAAGGAAAAAAAACGUAAUGAAACAGUUAGGAAUAGUAGAGUCUAGUUAACCAAUAUCUCUAAACAUUUACUUGUUUGGCAUAGAAUUUUAAAAAAGUGAAUAUUAACGAACGAAUUUUAUAUAUUCAGACGGAGCGCAAAGUGCACCAGUUGCACUUCACCGGCUGGCCGGACCACGGAGUUCCCGCCACCGUUUUUCCUUUGCUUGAUUUCGUCCAUUAUGUCUCAGAUAUCCAGUCUACGGGUCCUAUUGUCGUUCAUUGCAGGUCGGUUUCUGAAAAAUAAAAAAUAAAACCAAAAAGUGUCUCUUUCGACAAAUUUAUAGAGAAUUUUUGCUAGAAUAAGAAAAAAAAAAGAAGUUGAGAUAACUUGUCACGUUUUAUUCUAUAACAAAAAUACCUUAUACCUAUUCUUAGCAGGUCUUAAAGCAAAUCAAAGGUACGAAAGCUUGCGGGUCUCGGAACGAAGCGCGCAAAAAACCUGUGUAUACUGUGGUUUUUCCUUAUUUUUUUUCAACGUAAACGGGAUUCCCUAUGAAACGGCCUCGGUGGAAGAGAUCAAGUGUGCUCCACCGAAAAAAGAAUAAAUUGAAUAAGUUAACGAGACAGUUAGUGAUUCUAAGUUAGUGAAAUUAAAUUCAGAUUUAGUAAUUUACGAAUUUUCAACGACCUGAAAUUCAAACUCUUCCCAUAAAAUCUAGAAACGAAAUUUUUUAUCGAGAGCUUAAAGAUUUUGCGGGUCAAAAGCUAUCUAAAACUCUGGAUAAGUUCUAAAAAAGUGUAUUUUUUUGUAUUGCAGUGCGGGUGUCGGCCGAUCAGGCUCUUAUAUUCUUCUUGAUAGCAUGCGACGCCACUUGGUCAACUUCAGGAAGUUGGUAGAAGUCUCAAGAACCGUUUGAAAUUGUUUUUGAAGGUUAAACGUCUUGGGUCACUUGUUACAUAUGCGACGGCAGCGGGAGAAGCUCGUCCAAACUUUGGUUCGACCUUUUUUGGAAAAAAAUUCAAUUUUUCAAUUAUAGGAACAAUACGUGUUCUGCCAUGAGGCGAUUCGUCAACUAAUUCGCCAUGGAAUCACUCGGGUUCAUUCUGAUCUCUUCAUGAGGUGAAUAGAGAUGAUUUCUGGGGGCUCGAUAGAGUGUUUUUCCGAAAUAUCCUGGUGAAAAACCUGUAUUAAAGUUUGAUUUUUUGAAAUUUUUGAAGUUCUUUGCCGUUUUUUAUGGCCUGUUCGAUGGAAAGAGCUAGAAAGUCCGUUAAAUCAAAAUAUUUUGAUUUUCUGCUCUACAAAAACCUCUUGAAACGUUGUCUUCAUGCAUAGAAAAAAAUUUUGAAAAAAAUAAAAAGAGGAUUUUUGAGCGAUCUUAUAGCAAAAAAAUUUUUUUCAUACUCUUUUUUUCAAAGAGAAAUUUGUUUGAAAUGAGCCUUUCUUCAUGAUUAAAAUAGGAGCGAAAACAAGUUGGACAUUUUAAUUCAUUUUUCUGGAUCUUUCGUAGUGUUUGGAAUCGAAAGUUUUGACUCUGAGCUUGUAAAAAAAUUUGAAGCUUUUUGAAAAAAACAUUCGAUUCCAACUUUUACGAGGAUUUUUUUUUUGAAACCUAUUCAUUUUCUUAACCUGCUUUUAAAAAGAUGAAAAAUUGAUCCGCAAUUUUAGGAUUAAUUGUCAAAUUUGGCGGUCGAUCUCCGAAUAUCUUUGAUUCAUUCAUGAAAAAGGAUUUCAGGUACCUCCACUACCUCGCCGAAGAGAACAUGAGCGGCAAGACACGGCUCCAAAUGCAAUUUGAAGUGAUUUCAACCGCAGGAAAUCCGAAAAAGAAGCUUUUUUCAGGACAUUUGCGAGUGUCGUCAUUCCCCGGCCUGCGUCGUCAACACCGAUUUCCUCGUUUUGCCGGUUUUUCGAAGCUCAAGCUGAAAAUUUAGGAAGAGAACAUUUGCAGGGACACCAUAGACUCGACGAAUUCAUAGUCGCGACUUGGCAAACGGAGGUCGAAGAUCUCUGGAGAUUGGUCUGGAAGAAAAGCUGCCAAACGAUCGUUUUUCUGACGACUCCUGGUCAGUGGUAAAGGCUUGGAAAGGCAAAAAAAAAAUUGGAAAAACAGACAAUUUUAUGUGUAAUAGACUUAGGUCCAUAGAAAAACACUUUAUAGCUCGCUUGGCCAUCGAAAAAAGGGUCUUAACGCGAGAAAAAUGAGAUAGUGCUUGGUUGGUGGAGAGCGCGGAAAGGCCACGCCCCUUUAUAUCUCAGGCUAGCCGUGAAUAGACUAUAUAAAAAUGAUGGACUGAAUUUGACAGCCCAUGCUAAAAUUUCCAGCAUUAAUCAAGCGGGAAAAGCGCUCCAUUUAUGACGCCAAUAAUUGAAAGCUUAUAGUCUGAUCAGUUUUUGAAUGUCAAAUAGGAUGACGUCAUUCGAAAAGGCUCUGUGAACGGCUCGCUCUCUGAUUGGUUUGAUCUGUGCUUAAGGGGCGGAGCUUGAGCGACGACUUGGCAUUUAAAAACUGAGCAGACUAUAAAGUAUUUUCAUUGAAAAAUUUUAAAUUUACUCUUAUACUCUUCAUGCAUUUUCCUUUGAAGUCUUGUGUUUUUUUUUGGAAUUUUUUUCAUCUCAGUGAAAGUUUUUUUUUGGAUACUUAGUUGGUUAAUUAAAUCUUCGCUUAAUUUAGGAAGCGAGGAAAGUUUCUGGAAGAAACUGACCGCAGUGGACACGAUGACCGUCCAGCACAGCGACAACUUUGUUCUUCUCCAGAAUAACGAGGAACAGGUGCUGACAUUCAGGCAUUUUUUUUUCUCUCAAUAAGCGAAUUAUAGAAAGAGAAGGUCAUUCUACCUUUUAGUUCAGAAAGUCCUAAAAUUCGGUGAGAAUACUCCUUGAUAUGCCAAAAGAAGAUCUGGAUGGUGUAAACUUGCAAAAUUUCUCAGCUUACAAGAAAUAAAGGCUCAAAGUUUGAAAAUGGUUUCACUAACAGCGGCGGGAGAUAAAAUGUGUUGUACGCAGUGCACGCGAUGCAUCAAAAGCGACGCGCAAAAAGCGAAAAAUAAUGUUUAUUAUGACUAAAAUCACUUUCAUAGUGGAUUUAGAUGGUUUUCCAUAGUUUUGAGGCUUUUUCUCUCAAAAACGAAAAAAUUAUGCAGUUUGACGCUUUCCUUAUCUUUUUGGUAAUCAAAAAUUAUUAUGGCUAGCUUUCAAAAAAAAAAAAAUUCCCAACCAUAAAGUAAAAUGACCCUACUCGUAUGAUAGCUAUAAAACGAGCUUGAAAAAACCUCUUAUUAUUUAAAAGUUCAGCUCUGCGUGCGGAUAGUGUGCGUUUCUCGAUCCGACUUGGAGAUCGACUUCUGGCGCGAAGUCGAAAAUGUUCAAAAGCAACGGAUCGCCUAUCACGACGCGCCGCUUCUGAUCCUCAGCCCGGUGCCGGUCUCGAUUUCCAUAAAAGCCACUUCUGCAACUUCUUUUUCAGAAGAUCGGCGUUUCUGCCUCCGGAAUCCAUCCUACCUCCCUACCGUCGCCCCGAGGCUCAACUUUAUCCCUGUCGCUUUUGGCAAAUGGUCAGUUUUUUUUUUCAGAGAACAGUCUAAAGUUCUUUGUGAAUAAUUGGACUUUUCAGAGGAAUCCGAUUUAUUAUCGAAGAAUUUCCUGUUUUUACUUUUUCAAGCUCAUUUUUCCUGCCUAGGGAUUUUUUUUUCCUUUUUGAAGCCUGAACUCCAACUUGAUACAAAUCCAGCUUUACGUUUCCUCAAAGAAACGAGAACUUCUGAAUCCCAGAACUAAAUGAGAAAACUGUUUCAGACCAUUCCCCGUCGCUGCCGUAUGCGAUGUGCGCCCUGACGACUCUGGCUUGUCAGCUGGAAACCACAGGAUGUAUAGAUGUUGUACAGGUUUUAUCGUCCUACGCCCAUAUCCAGUGCGGAUUGUGGACCUCAAAGGUUCGAACCUAUAUUUCAAAUUGAAGACUAAGAUUUGCCUGGUUUUCAGCAAGAUAUCGAAAUAAUCUACGAGAAGAUCUCACUACUUGUGGGCGGAACUCGAGUCUAA